AAUUCUUAUUUGUGCACUUGUUCUUCCUCAUGAGUCAUCUUCGUUUUCAUCAUUAGUAAGUGAACUUAUUAUGAGCAGGUUAAUUUUCCACCUCUGACUGGAAAUAAAAUAAAGUGCCCGUCAACGUUUCUGUGCUGCUGCUUUUCAACAGCAGACUUUGGCAGUCAGAGCCGUGGACAUAGAUCGAUCAGUAAGAAAUAAAGUCCUGGGGAGAGAGAUUCCCCCCUAUUUUGUGAUGGCCUUGCUGGCCGUUUCCUCAAUCCAGGCAUGACUGUUACCCCCAAAACAUCCAGCAUUGAGCCCGCUACCUCCUCUGACCACAAUACCAGACCAAGCAUCAGGUGCAGAUGGACGAAACUGAUGGCAUCCGGUUAAGGCGCUCCUCUGAGGACGUUGUGUCACUGGCUUCUUACUUAAAUGAGACCAUAAACCAAGAAGACAACCAUUUUUCUGCUUUGAGGAGUGACCUCGAGACUGAUGCCUACAAUCUGGAGGCAGAGACCUGGAGCAUGACUGUGGGUCAGGCCUACCUGAAGGGCCUGAACAAAGAGGCUAUUAAACGCCAGGAUGUAAUCUAUGAGCUCAUCCAGACAGAGAUGCACCAUGUACGUACCUUAAAAAUCCUUAUCUAUGUCUACAUGCACGCGCUGAAGGAGACUUUGUUAAUGGAGGAUGAAAGACUGGAACGGCUGUUUCCAGCAGUGGAUGUCCUGCUCCCCCUUCACCAGCAUUUCCUUAACAGUCUUAAACUGUGCCGUAACCAAAGUCAGGAGGAUGAAAACCCAAAUAUAUGCCAGAUCACAUACUUAUCAGAUGUCCUUGUCUCUCAGUUUUCAGGUGAUCUGGGAGAGAGGAUGAAAUUGUGGUACACUAUUUUCUGCAGCCGUCAGAGUGAAGCACUCUGCCACUACAAAGAACAACUGCAAAGCAACAAGAAGUUCCAAAGCCUUGUAAAGAAAAUAGCUCAGCUGCCCCUAGUGAGAAGGUUGGGAAUCCCCGAGUGUUUUCUCUUGGUGACUCAGCGCAUCACUAAAUAUCCAGUCCUGGUGGAACGAGUCCUUCAAAACACUGAUGCUGGUACAGAGGAAUACCAGUGUUUGGCACAGGCACUGACUCUAAUCAAAGAAACCAUCUCCAAGGUGAAUGCUCAGGUCAGUGAAUAUAAGAAAAUUAUUCGCCUGAGAGAGAUCGGCACGCGGCUGGAACCGAAGUCUCAGGCUCGACUGAGGAACGGCCACCUGUUCCGCAGAGAGGAUCUAAUCCAGGGAAACAAGACGCUUCUGCAUGAAGGUGACGUUGCAAUGAAAGCCAACUCUGGUAGAAGUAAAGACAUCCACGCUGUGCUGCUGUCAGAUGUACUUCUCCUCUUACAGGAAAAAGAUCAGAAACUUGUAUUUGCUACUGUGGAUAACAAGCCACCGGUGAUUUCCCUUCAAAAACUGAUUGUUCGAGAAGUGGCCAAUGAGGACAAAGCGAUGUUCCUAAUCUGUGCACAGACGUCUAGCAUGUAUGAGAUCCACACAGGCUCCAGGGAGGAGCGCAACACCUGGAUGAACUUCAUAUGGGAAGCUGUCAACAGUUAUUCGGAAGAAGAGGACCAACCGCAGGAUGAACAAACAGCUAAACUAAAAGAAUUUCAAGCAUGUCUGUUGACAAAAGAUGUCCACAUAGUUCAGAGCCUGACUGAGAAACUGCAGAUCUUCGCUGCUCUCUCUGAGACUGUGACCAAGCAGGAAAGCCCUUAUAAAAGACUGCUGCUCCGAGGUGACGCCAUGGACCUCCAGCAGGGGGAGACGCUGCUCAAAGGGGCCAUCGAUGAUGUGGAAAUACUGCAGUCCUUGCUCCUUUCAAGGAUUAGGGAUCCAAACAUGCUUGUAGAUGAAAGCCAACUGCAGGAGGUGAUGGACAGUGAUGAUGAAAACUACGGGACAGUGGACAGCAACUCUGCAGCCAAAACUAUGAAAAAUGGAGAUCCCUCUGAGGGUAACGGCGAUGACAGCAGUGACCAACCAUACCACAAAAGUCUGGAACAGUCUGAUGCUGAUGCGACACCCGUGUCAUAUUCCAGCCGAUUCCCUGAGGAAGAGGUAUUUGACAGGGUGUUGUCACUGGGACAGAGGCUGUACAGUUUACAAGCGAUCAUCGCCCAGCAGGACAGUCAGAUCGAGCUGCAGCGCACUCUGUUGUCCAAGAGCAAACAGCCGACCCACCACAGCAGCAACAUGCUGCUGGAGCAGGAGAAACAGCGCAACUUGGAGAAGCAGAAGGCGGAGUUGGCCAGUUUCCACAAGCUGAAGGCACAACACCAGGAUGAGCAGGAGCGCUGGGAGAAGGAGAAGGAGCGACAGAAGGUCCAGAAUGAAACCCUGGAGACUCAACUGCUCCAGAGGGAGGAGGAGUGCCGGAGGUGGGAGGCGAAGCUGCAGGACGAGAAGGCUGAGCUGGAGAAGCAGAGGAAAGUCUACCAAGAGGACCUGGAGCGACUGAGGGAGACCACAAAGCACGUGGAGAGAGAAAAGGAACGUCUGGAGCAGCAGCAGGAGAAGUUCAAGAAGCACAUGAGCAUCGCAAAUCCAGGUCACCUCAGCCACAAUGAUCCUUCACAGUACUUGAAUCUUGCCAGCAACUGCUUCCAGUCAUUCAGGGGAGGUGUUGGGAAUGGAGUUGGGAAUCAGGCAAAAAUAAAUACCAAAUCCCACACGAUGUCUGGCAUUCCCAGUGGUUCGAACCCUACAGAUGUUCCACCAAAGGUUCCACCCCGCAAGGAGAGCAUCCUGAACCUGCAACCUAAAGCUGAGGUGCCCAUCCACCUGAUCAGCACCAGCAACCAGGUGUACAAGCCACCAUCCGUGCAGCAGCAGAUUCCCACGAAGCUAGCUGUGCUCCCCAAGGGGAAGGAGAAGAGCAAAUCUCACCAGAGAACCAAGAGUGCAGCAAACAUAGAUGUGAGCGAGGUGUUGCCCAUCCGAGCCAGCAGCAAUGAAGGAGGCAGCCUUCGAGGCAAAACUCUAAACAAUCGUCCAAGAAUCUACAACAUGGAUGUCUUCAGCUCGCCUGGAUCAGCGCAGAACGUCAAAACAACGCAUUCCUUCAACAGACAGAAGGACAAUGAGAAGACUCCACCGGAGCCGCCUCCUUUUCCCAAAGAUGUUCUCAAAACGGACAAGGAGAAGGUAAUAUUCCUUUAGUCCGGAGUGCAGACGAGGAUUCUUCUGUGGGGGAAAAAAGAAACACUUCGUGACAUCCACAUGUCCACUAGAGGGAGCAGUCUAAACUGUGGCCAGCUAUCACGGGAAAGACUUUUGGGUUUGAAUGAAACGUCUGAACUUGAAGAAACUGACGCAUGUGUUUUCUGAACACGUGCAUGUUGCAGUGUCUGAUAAUCUCACACUGGAGGCCUGUUUGCACAGAGAAGAUUAAGUUUUAAAUCUUUGCUAAGGACGUUAAUGAUGUUAUUGUCAGAUACUUUUUAUAUCCUUUUUAAGCCUUUUUAUUUUAGAUGAAGGUCUUUAACAAUUUAACUUUUGUGUCUUAGCUUUCAUUUUAAUUUAACGGUGUUGUGAGGAAAUGUCUGGGUGUUGGGUUGAGGUUGUGGAGUGCAGCAGCGAGGAACCGUUUCCUAACUUUGACUUCGUGGAUGAUGCUGUGAUCUUUGUGGACUCUGUGGGUACUCUGAUUUGCACACUUGAAGCUGAGUGGGGAAUCGGCGUGUUUGUGACGGUCCUGGAUCAAGACUACCUACCGCCUUCUUUCCACACAGUGUACAUGUACCUAGCCUUGAUGUCCAUUUGUGUGGAUGCCUCCAUUCUGUCCAACAUAGCUUUGGAAAGCCAACAAGCUAGUGCCUUUGUUUUAGUUUCUUGACUUUUGAUGUUCAAAGUGUAGUUGGACAAGGAAAAAGAGAAUAUUUUAGCAGCUUUGACAUGUUAUGAACAUUAGUUGUUUCCAGCUGUACAAGGUGAGUCUGGCCUCUUGUUUUUGUCUCUAGCGCUCUGUGCUCAUAUUCCGCACAACUGGAUGAUGAAAGACGGCCUCUCAGUGCUGCCAUUUCGUCUGUGAUGACAUGCAUUUCUUUGCAUUGAAAAUUAGAUGGCGUAUUGGGUAUAUUAUGGACAAGGUCCAGACUUUAUGUGAAAACAAGGCCUAAGAUCCAGCAGGUCAGAUACUUUCUGGUCACGGUCAAUGGACUUGUGCCGCCACCGUGUCGGAUUUGUGUAAAUAUUUAGUUAUCUAUGCAGUGAUCUUCAUGUCUCUGGGCCCUCUGCCUUUGACACCUGGGAAGAUCUUAUGGAGACAAGAGGAUGAUGGAUAGAUGCCAACAUCUUUACAGGAGAGCUAAAGUCCGAGUCUUAUUGUUUGGUUAUAAGACUUAGACGCUACCUGGUGACCUAAGGAAAUGACUAAGAUGUCUUUGGUACUUGUACAGCUCCAUGGUGUGGUGAAUUUGGUGCCAAGCCUUUUUUAAUUUUAUUUUUAAAUGAAAAAAAUCUCUCAUACACACACUGGUGUUGUGAUCGAGUCCCUUCCGUCCAAGUCACCUACUUUCCACAUCUGUCCUCCUGGUCCAAGUCUUUGGUGUUCUCAUCUGAGGCCCAAAUCAAAAACCUUACAAGACAAGAAAAUACAAAGAUGGGGACGGAUAAAAGGUUUUGUAGCUGAUUCUAUCGUCUAAAUUGUUGUUGAUUGAAAAAGGAAAUUAAUCACAACCACAAAAUGACCCGUGCGCGCACACACACAGAGCCCAGGUAGAAGUGCACAAAAAGGCAGCUGCCUCGACACUAACGAUAAAUUAACGGUGACCAAAAAAAAAAAACUAGACUGCAGAGUGGUAAACUAAAUCUUAAACACAAGUUUUUCUAUUCUUCACUUUUUCUUUUUUCCACACAAUCGCCAGUUCUAAUGUUUCAGGAAUGUGUCUCCAUCAUGGACGCUGGAAGGGAAAAAUGUACAUGGAAGUCAAUAUUUCUGUUGCCAGGCAGAAUUCUGUGCACUCUGUUUGCUUAUGCGUUUAGAAAAAAGAAGGCAGUUUUGUUGGGGGGGGGGGGUCCCCAUCGUUGUGUGUUAGUGUCUUUUAUGGUUUUCAUUUGGGACUUAUAUCAUGAGGACUCUGACCUGAUGGAGUGAACUCGAUCUGGACACGCCUUGAAUAUUUGCAACUGUUCCUCAGUUAAGUCACAUUUUAAACUUACUGUGAAAAAAAUGUGCAGGGAGGGGGGAGGGUUUUUUUCCCCUUCUUUUCUGCAAGCCUCUCUUGGUUCAAAGUUACUGAGCAAAUAUUUUACACUGUGAUAAAGUACUUAAGAACUGUUCUGCCAUUGAGGCAGUUUUGGUUCACACGCUCAUUCUGUUUUAAUUUACGACCGGAAAGCUGCUCAAAGUGUUGAAAAGACAAACACGGUCACUGUAAAAUAUGAUUAUGUGAUGGCUGUAAAUAAUUUUGAGAUGAUUUUGUGGGAGAAGUGAGAGUGCUGCACUGUACAGUAUUUUGUGUAUGAUCUUAAAAAGUAAUGUUUCCAAUGUCCAAAUACUGGAUUAUGGAAUUAAAAUUUACUGCCUCCA